CUUUAUUUUGAUUUGUAUUAUUUUCUCCAUCAUGUAACACUUUGGCAGUUUCAUGAUGCAGCUUGGAACUAUAUCAGUAUACCUUUCUUUCAGACAUAAGUGCUAUUACUUCUCGUUAAUCACCAUUGGAUCCGGAUUUUGUAAUCCACUAAAUUUAUGAAGAAUGCAGUUAAAAGAACUUAUUAUGCAGCAGAGGUACGUUGUCUCUUUACAACCACACCUAUUUUAUGUUCGAGAAAUAAGGAUAAACUACCUAAAUUCGCCUCUUCUAUGUGUAUCUACCAGUUCGACUGCAACUGCGGAGCCAGCUACAUUGGGUGUACAAUUAGGCAAGUUCAUCGCCGUAUUUCCGAACAUCAUCCAACGUGGUUAAGUAAGGGACAAAAAAGAUCUAUUCGUAGCUCUAUUUUAGCCCGCCUCGUUGAUACUGACCAUAAGAUUGAUGUUAAUACAGCAUUUAAAAUUAUUUAUCGCAUUCCAACUUAUCUUAAUUUUGCUCUGCGAGUUCGUCUUCUACAGACGGCUGAAGCGAUUGGCAUUCAUCUGAAGAAGCCAAGUCUAUGUGUACAGAAAAAAUUUGUAAAGCCACUUUCCCUACCGUGGCCAUCGUCACAAGAAUGGAUAAACAGGUCUGCGUCACCCCCCUCCCCCUAAACCUAUAAAAUUGUAUUUGUCUAAAUAAUUUAUUUUAUUUAUUUUGACCACUUUAUCUUUAAUUUACGUGUUAUUUUUGUAAAAUUAAUUUAUUCUAUCCAUUUCCACCUUUUAAAUCUGUAUUGAUUUUUCUUCGUUAACUAUUAACCCAUUGACACUGUUUAAUUACUGUUAACAAACUUAUCGCCACUUG